UAUAAUAAGUGUUUCCGUAUCUAUUUUGUAGGGCACCUCACGAUAGAAACUUUGGAGCUCGCGGAGGCCGUGGCGGUGAUGACCGUAAUGGCAGACAAGGCGGCAAUGCCGGUGGCAUGCGUAAUGGUGGCGGUGGUGGGGAUUUCCACGGUGUACGUAAUGGACGUAUUGACAAGAACCGUGGUGGUGGACGUGGGGGUGGUUUCGGCGGCGGUAGUGGUUUCGGCGGUGGAAACGGUGGAUAUGGUGGCGGCGGCGGUCGUGGUGGCACCCAGGAUAUCACACUCAGCUCUGUUGAUUUUUCAAAUUUGCAACCCUUCAAAAAGAAUUUUUAUCAAGAACAUCCAAUUGUUGCAAAUCGUUCCCCCUACGAAGUCCAACGAUUCCGCGAUGAACAUGAAAUUACUAUUCGCGGAAAUGCACCGAACCCCAUUCAGGACUUCAGCGAAGCUUAUUUCCCAGACUAUGUAUCGAAGGAAAUACGUCGACAAGGUUAUAAAGCUCCAACUGCAAUCCAAGCACAAGGUUGGCCAAUAGCCAUGAGUGGGUCCAAUUUUGUUGGCAUCGCUCAGACAGGAUCGGGCAAAACCCUUGGCUACAUUUUGCCAGCAAUCGUGCAUAUUAACAACCAAAAACCCUUGGAACGUGGUGAUGGACCCAUCGCUUUGGUUUUGGCACCCACACGCGAGUUAGCACAGCAGAUUCAACAGGUUGCCACAGAGUUUGGAUCAUCCUCGUAUGUUCGCAACACUUGCGUAUUUGGAGGCGCACCAAAAGGAGGUCAAAUACGUGACCUUCAGCGUGGCUGUGAAAUUGUAAUUGCUACUCCCGGUCGUCUAAUUGAUAUUCUCUCGAUGGGUGCCACCAAUUUGAAGCGUUGUACAUAUCUUGUAUUGGAUGAGGCUGAUCGUAUGUUAGAUAUGGGUUUCGAGCCACAAAUCCGUAAGAUAUUGUCGCAGAUUCGCCCCGAUCGCCAAACGCUUAUGUGGUCCGCCACAUGGCCAAAAGAGGUUAAACAAUUAGCAGAAGAUUUUCUGGGUAACUACAUACAAAUUAAUAUUGGCUCAUUGGAACUGUCUGCGAACCAUAACAUUCGUCAGGUGGUUGAUGUAUGCGAAGAGCAUGACAAGGAAGACAAGCUUAAGGCUUUGCUUUCAGAAAUCUACGACACAAGCGAAAAUCCAGGAAAGAUCAUAAUCUUCGUGGAGACUAAACGUCGUGUUGACCAUCUGGUGCGAUUCAUUCGCAGUUUUGGUGUCCGUUGUGGUGCUAUCCACGGCGACAAGUCACAGUCGGAACGUGACUACGUUUUACGUGAGUUCCGUUCGGGCAAGUCAAACAUUUUGGUAGCAACUGAUGUCGCUGCACGUGGCUUGGAUGUGGAUGGUAUCAAAUAUGUCAUUAAUUUCGAUUACCCACAAUCAUCGGAGGAUUACAUUCACAGAAUCGGACGUACCGGACGUUCCAACACAAAGGGAACUUCUUAUGCAUUCUUUACCAAAAACAAUGCCAAACAAUCGAAAGCACUGGUGGAUGUUUUACGAGAGGCUAACCAGGACAUAAAUCCUGCACUAGAAGGUUUGGCACGUAACAACCGUGGAUUCGACGGUGGUCGUUCCAGGUAUGGUGGUGGCGGCGGCGGCAACUCGCGUUUCAAUGGCACCUUCAGAAAGGGUGCGAUUGGCGGCGGAGGAAAUGGUGGUCGCGGCUACGGUGGAGGUUAUGGCGGUAACAGCGGCGGUGGAUAUGGAGGUGGCCGCAGCAACGGCUACAGCAAUGGCAACAGCGGCGAAGGUUAUGGUAACCGCAAUGCUGGCGGCAGUAGUGGCGGUGGUGGAAGAAUGCAUACGCGUUUUGACUAAAUUAACAUAUUAUGCUAGUUAGUUUAUAAGCUGUUAAUAUAAUUUUUUCAUUCAAAUAAUGCAAUUUUACUUAAAACAUAACCAAAAUUAAUCAAAAAAAGCACUUCAAAAUUUUUUUGAAGUGCAUUCGAUUUCUCAAUUUUCUUAUUUUGAAUAGAAACUACUACUCUCUUUAAAGCGUAGAUAAUAAUUAAUAUCGAGAUAUUUAAGCAUAUUUAAGUUUUGAUAAUAUUUAAGGAAUUUGCAUUUCUUUUCAAAAAACAAAAAAAGAGUAAGAUUACUUGUACAUAAAGCACAUAAUCCCUGGAGUGUCAAAAUUUUGAUGGCUAUAGUAAAAAUAAAAUCAAUCGGAAAAUUCCUAUGGCCGUACUUGUUUUAAAGUAUAGAUAUAACUACAAAUGACUCGAAAGUUUGGUUUUGUUGCAUUAGCAGUAAACUAUUUUCCAAUGACAAAGUUGUAGAACGAAACUCUUGUAGUUAAGUGAUAAUUUCUGAAAAUAAAUUUUAAUUAGAUCCUGAGGAUUAUAUGCUUUUCACAAGUAAUUUGUGAUGUAGAAGAUAUUUUGAAAAAUUUGUUUAUUUGUUUAAUUUUACCCUGUACAAAACGCGUAUUUGCAUUAUUUUCGUGACCGUAUAAAUAUCGUCAUACCUACUAUAAACUAUUUACAGUAUAUGUAGUAUUAAGUUAGCUACAUCUAUUCGUGCGCCCCACUAUACUACGUACUGGCACAAACUUACUACAGUAUAAAUGUUUUCUUACCAUAGCAUUAACAGCACAUUUCAGCUCUUAUGUGUGACUAGACUUCAAACGACAUUUACAACAAACUGUAAAAACAAAUCCAUAUACCCAUACUGAAAAACUUAUGUAAACAAUUCCACAAUCAAGAGGAAUUAAGUGAAUUUUAAAUAAAACAGAUAAACCAAUUACAUAUACAUUGAAGAGGAAUGGAUAUACAUAAAAUAAAAGGAAAAACCAUUUGGCGUGAAAACUA